UUGUGUAGUGUAAAUCGGCCUUUAGUGUACCUGACACCAAGGCGCAUAUAUCAACACUUUAAUUAACCCUCACCGCACACAACCACCCACAAAAUAUAAAGCGUGACGAGUAUGCGUGACAUUGAUUUAUUUCCGUCCUUGACUUGAAAAAAGCAGGCUUCAAACACGUCUUUGUUGCGAACUUCCGGCGAAGUCUUGUCUGGCAAGCAAGAAGCCUUUCAAGCAGAAAAAAUUGAUUAAAAAUACAAAAACAUCGCAUUCAUUUCUUCCAAGGAAGUAUUUAGUUUUCUUUCAGCAAUAUGGCACCGACUAGAGCAAAUGAGUUCUUCAGAUGGGCUCUCUGGGUGAGUAUAUUUUCAAGUGCUGCAUAAAAUUUUAAUUUUUGGUGUUUUCCUAAUAGUCGUGUAAAAUGAUAUUUGAUAUUGGCUUUGUAUAUUAUAUUGAUAUUGUAAAUAGAGUUGAAUCACUUUCAAAUGCAGAACUAAUUAAAUUAAAGCAACCAAAGUUAGAGGAUGGUUUGUGUAUUGGAAUUUCAUUCGACAUAAUUUGCAACUCUAUAUUGUGAUUGUAAGUAAAUUGUAGUGCAAGAUUAUUUGCUAAUUCUUAUAACCAAUUAAUUUUUUUAUAUAAAUUGAAGUGGCUGGUACUAGCAACCAUCCUGGAGUUCAAAAAUAGGCUCUUUAUUUUGUAUUAUAUGAAUUAAUGUUUUGACAGUUUGCCAGAGCAGAACAUGCUCCAGCCUAUAAAGGAUUAGCAUUUCUUAAAUAUUUUAACCCUGAAUUCCAGAAGUUUCAAUGAUGAUUGUAACAUUUUGUAGUUAUUAUGGAUGGCUGCCAAUGGUAUUGUAUUUGGUCUAGCAUAUAAACGUUUUGACAGCAGUAAAGAGUAUUAUUAUCUACGUGUUAUUUUGAAGGUUGGUGCAAAAAUUAUUGCAGUUGUAUAUGUAAUACAGUAUUUGCUGUUUAGUAGCAUAAGGGGAAAGUUAAUAAUAAAAGAAGUCGUUCUCUGACCCCAAAAAAAUUAUUUGACGAGCUUUCGGCCAGCCAUUAAUGUGGGUGUUAAACAGAGUGAUAUAAUAAAGUAUGGUGCAUUUAGGCACAUUGCAGCUUAAUUUAAGUUGCAAUAUUGCCUGAUGUCCCCUACUUUAUUAUUUUACUCUGUCUAACGACAGACAAUUUUACUUUUCAAGGGGAAAAUGCUGCAACUCAAUGGGUUAAUCAUUAUUAUUACCCAACAAUUCUGUUCUAGAGAAGUAAAAAACAUUUUGAUGUUAAUCCCCCCCUGUAACUCAAUUUACUUGAUAUAACAGAUUGAGUAAAUUGACUUACAGGGGGGGGAUGCAGAUUAAUUUCAUAUUUUACAUUCCAGAGUGCUCUACCAUGGGCUAGAGCUUCGGCAGCAGUACUCAAUUUUAAUUGUAUGCUCAUUCUCUUGCCUGUUUGUCGAAAUCUUCUGUCUGUUUUACGUGGUUUUAAGGUAAGUCCAGUGUAAUCAUUCAUUUGUAAUAUUCUGACUUGUGAAGGGUGUAAACUGCAUAUUUUCAUCUUUUUAUAGUGUUUUGGUUUAACUAAAAGCCUUUUCCGACUCUUGGACAAGAACUUGACUUAUCACCGUCAUAUUGCUUACACCAUUUGUAUUUUUUCUGGUAAUGUAAAUUACACUCUUUGCCAGUCUUGACUCUAUGAAACACCACAGGCUUUCUCUGGGUCGACGAAAGGCCUACCAACGACACGUAAUUAUUCCUUUUUCCAGGCCUUUUUGGUAGUUCUCUGGCCUCUGAGGGGAACAGUUUAGAAUUGUAGAGCUAUCCAAUUUUAAUAAACUUAGUUUAGUUAGUCUCUGAGGCAAUAAAUGGGUUAAAAUAUUCUCUUAUUAUAUAGCUAUUCAUAUUGGUGCUCAUGUGUUCAAUUUUGAGAGAUUUGUAGCAGCUUGGGAGGAGGAUGAUGAGUCUCUGCCGCAUCAACUAUCACUGUUUGAGGAAACACAGAGUACAACAUUGCUAAAUCCCAUUCAACAGAAAGGAGUGGUAAGAUUGACAACAUGGGCACAGAAUAAGGCACACAGAAGGUCGACUCGGGUAACUGAUUCAUCAUCAAAAUGCUGACGCCAUGGUCCUAGCCAGUGCGCGUUUGAGUGGCAUCCCCCCCUGGACAUCCGUCAUUUUGAAUAUCGGGGGUGAAUGCCUCUCAAACGCGCACUGGCUAGGACCAUGGCGUCAGCAUUUUGAUGAUGAAUCAUUUGAUUUGAUGACGAAUUACGGGUUACGCCAAAAUCACAGGAAAAACCAAGAAGUCGGCUUCUGUGUACCCUAUUCUGUGACAUGGGUAUUAAUAAUAUGUAUAGAUUAGGGUAUAGUAGGAUAAGAUAGGGUACUGGGAUAGGAUAGAGAGAGGUAGAGCAGCCUGAGCAGGCUAUAAUCAGGUAUAAUAGGAUAUGGUAGAGUAAGAUAGAAAAGGAUAGUGUUUGAUAGAUAGUAGAAUUGUGUAUGAUAAUUGAUAGAAUAGGAUAGAGAGGGGUAAAUUAGGAUAAGAUAGUUUAAAGUAGAGUAACAUAGGAUAUUGUAGGGUAACAUAGGAUAUUGUAGGGUAAAAGUAGGAUAGAGAUGGAUAUACCAGGGUGGAGUAGGAUAGAGUAGAGCAAAUAGAAUAAGAGCAGGAUAAGACAUGUGGGAUAAGAUGAAGAUUGAUGUAGGAUGAAUGAGAUGAAGUGAAAAAUUAAGAAAUCUUUAUAUUUCUUCUUAGGAUCCUAACACAGAGUUGUUUAAAACAGGUAACCCAGUACUUGAACAUUAUCUAGAAGUAGUUCUAAUACUUGGUCAGGUAUCAAUGCUGAUCAAUGACUAUUGUUUUCUGAUAUGUUUAGUCGCUGGUAUUUCAGGCGUUGUAAUAACUCUGGCAUUAAUUCUUAUGGUAUGUUUUAGCUGUGUUAUUGUCUUGUCCUUCAAACAAAUUUCUAAUCACCAUAUCAACCAAAGCCUAAUACCAUUCUGUGACAUUGAAGAAAUUUUUUGACCUGGCCAUAUUAUAAUGAUAUUUUUAACUAUCCCUAUAUUCUUGCUCUUUUAGUUCACAUCAUCAACAGAACUUUUGAGGUAAGAAAUCUCAAUAACUUAAAAACCAUUUAUGAGGACUUUGCAUUAAAAUUUUCCAUUCAUCAUUGUCUUUUCUAACUUGAUCAUUUUUCACAGACGUUCAUAUUUUGAAGUGUUUUGGUACACCCAUCAUUUGUUUAUAAUUUUCUUUGCUGGUCUGCUUGUACAUGGCUUUGGGUGAGUGUUAUAUUUAAGUGUGGUGAAAAACUUAGUAGAAACUGUGAUUUUGUGUGUGAAACGUUUAAAAAACUCCAUACUUUGUUUAAUAACUAGAGGUCUUGUGAGAAAACAAGUGAAUGUUGAUGAACACGACCCACUGGAAUGCCAGGGUUUUGUCAACCCACAACAAGGAUGUCCUCAGCCUCGUUUUGAAGCCACUGGGGCUGCGGUAAUGCUAGUAGUAGUAUUUAGUAUUCAUGUCAGAUCUCAAAAGAAAAUAUUUCAAGUGUUAACAGUCUUAACAGAUUUUUAUUUUAAAAUUGUAUUACUAAUUGAUAUAUCGUUUAUAUUAUAUUAUAGUCUAGUGUUAUUAUAUUAUCUUAAUAUUUUAUUUACAUCUUUUCUGAAAUCCCGCCAUUUCAUGUAUUUUAUAGACCUGGAAAUGGGUGAUAACGCCAUUAGCGUUAUAUUUCAUUGAAAGAUGCAUCAGAUAUUUCAGAUCAUUGCAAAAUGUCAAAGUAACAACGGUACAAACAUUAAUGCUAUACGUUUUUUUGUCUGAGAACGGCCAUCACUGGCCCUCAAGAGAGAAUUGUUUAGAAUUUUGAGUUUAUUAUAGGUUAUUCAACAUCCAUCAAAUGUUAUUGAAAUCAGAAUGACGAAGUCUAGGUUUCAUUCAGAAGCAGGCCAGGUAAUUUUGAUUCAACAGAGGUACAGUGAAUUCUGAAAGCCUUUUAAAAGAUAGCUGGAUAUAACUUGUAACAAAGUUGUACCUAGAAUUUUUCAACCAUGAAAGCAUUAUUUGUUUAUAAUAAUAAAGUUUAUCAAACUGUUUAAAUUCUUAAAUACUUCGUUAAAAUUUUGAAUGUGUUUUACAUUCCAGUAUAUAUUCCUACAUUGUCCGAAGAUUUCCAGUCUGGAGUGGCAUCCCUUUACGCUAACUUCGGUAAGAAAAAAAAGGAAUUAAAAUUCCAACUUUUGCUUAUGAAAUUUAACAUAACUUGAGUUUUGUGUAUUUCUUAGUGUCCAGAGGAAGACUUCUUCAGUGUCCAUAUCAGAACCGCUGGUGAUUGGACAGGUAUGUUUUAAACGAAAUUGUAGCCACAGUUAAAUAAAGAUUUUUGAAGCCUAUAUUUUCUGUGUCUUUUUGUUAGAUGAUCUUGCAAAACUAUUCGUGGACGAAAACCAAGAACAACGUCAACAGACACCAAGGUACUAAAACGAUACUUGUUGAUCCUAAGGUAAAUACAGAUGCAAAAAAGAUUAUUACUAGGGGGCACUAUCAAGAGAAUCCAUGCUCCCCCAUACCAUAUUUAUUACAUCAUUCCAUAGUCUGAUACAUUUAUACAGUAUCGCACUAUUAAGAAAGAUGGAUGUAGCGUUCUUUCUGUCGGUUAGAAUUAGAAUUUUUUUCUGAAUUUUUCGUUGUAUCUAAAUUAUUUUCUGGGAACUCAAAAAGAUUUCUGGGACCAAUGGCCACGUGGUCCGAUGGAAAUUGCUAGAUAGUAUACUUCAAAAUAAGGUUUCCGUUUUUAUAUCAAUUUUUUAAAUAAGUUAGGGUUAGGUUAGGGUUAGGGUUAUGGUUAGGUUAGGGUUGGGGUUAGCGUUAAGGUUAGUAUUAAGGUUAGGGUUUAGUUUUGCGUUAGGAUGGUUUUUUCUACGUUAUAAAAACGGAAAACUUAUUUUGAAGUAUACUAUCUAGCAAUUACCGUGGUCCGAUACUUUUCCCAUCCCAUAUACUAACUGAUGUAUAUAUUUCAAUAGGCUUGCAGUGGACGGCCCAUUUGGAACUUCUAGCACCGUAAGAUGAUACAUUUUAUUUCUUCGAGAUGUUUUUUUCUCUCGGUGCUUUUAAAUUCUCAUUGUUUUCCUCUGGAGCUCGUGUUCUUUUGAAUAGUUGAAGUUUGCUGGUUUUUCUUUAGGAUUUUCUGAAGUAUUCUGUGUGUGUUUUUGUUGGAGCUGGAAUUGGCGUAACGCCUUUUGCAUCCAUAUUAAAGUCGAUAUGGUACCAACACAAUAAAUCAGGUUCAUCUCUAAACAUCAAGAAAGUCUAUUUCUACUGGAUAUGUCGAGAUACAAAUGCAUUUGAAUGGUUUGCAGAGUUACUCACAAGUAUGGAAGAUCAGGUGAAGGAAUACCUGCAUAUGAUUUAUUUUCAUCUUUUAGUUUAACGUUUCCAUUAAUUUCGUAGAAACAUUGGAUAUCCACGUACUACUUCUUGUCUAUUUCCUAGAUGGUUGAAAAAGGAAAUGGCGAUUUCUUAGAAUACAAUAUGUACCUCACCCGAGGUUGGACAAAUAACGAGGUGAAUUAGUGCCUGCUUAUUUUAACGAAAUUUCAGUUUUAUGACUACAUCCAGGGACGUUGGGAAGUCCUUAACAUUAGAGACCUUAAGAUUGACGUUUACGGCAAACGUCAAACCGCUAGCGAGGUUUUUGAUUUUACAACUCUAUUAUAAUAGCUUUUACACCAGUUUUGACAUAUGUUAAACUUGUUAAACUUGUGCUCUAUAGCAAUGAUUUAAGAAAGCAAAUUAACCACUAGUCAUGCAAUUCACAAAAGCAGUAAAUUGAGAUUUGGCGUUUGAAGUUGGCGUUUGGCGUAUAAAUUUCAUGCUUGAACUGCUACGAGGGCUUGUAGUCGUUAAAGCAUGAAAUUUAUACGCCAAACGCCAACUUCAAACGCCAAAUCUUAAUUUACUGCUUUGGUAAAUGGCAUGACUAGUGGUUAAUUUGCUUUCUUAAAUCAUUGCUAAAGAGCACAAGUUUAAUAAGUUUAACAUAUUUCAAAACUGGUGUAAAAGCUAUAAUAAUAGAGUUGUAAAAUCAAAACUUCGGUAGCGGUUUGACGUUUGCCGUAAACGUCAAUCUUAAGGUCUCUAUUGGCGAGGGGCAGAUAUUUCGACCAAGUUUUGGCAAACAUUUUGACCAACUUUUCAAAGGUCUGACUCCAUCAAAUUUGUGAUGGAAAAACUGAAUGCUUGUGUGGUGCUUUUUUAUAAGGUGAAAACACUUCUUUUUCUUGGCGCUUUUAGUACUACUAUAAUUAGUUGACAAUGUAAAGCAACAACUGACAAACUAAUUUGACCAAAUAUUUUUCAUUUUGACCAACUUCUUAAACUAAAAAAAUAUUGGGAGGGGGAGUUGCACCCCCCUCGCCCACGACGUCCCUCCAUCUCUUAUUUAACUGCAGCUUCGCCGCUAUCAGCUACUCAGUGAAAUUCUCGCAUUUUUCUUUCAGGCCCGCAAUAUCAUGUUACGAGAUCGAGAAGAAGGGGAGGAUGUUAUUACUGGUUUGAAACGCAAGACUUUCUUUGGAAGACCACAAUGGGACGGUAUUUUUAGUAAGAUUGCUGAAUCUAAUCCAAGGUAAGACGCAAGUAGAUAUAUCGAUUACAUUGACCACCUUGAAAUGGUCGUGAACUUAUCACGACCAAAUAAAAAUGAUGAAAACGAGAGGAUUAAUGAUGAAAACGAGAAGAUUAAUGAGUAAUAUUCUCUUAAAGCUGGAGUAAUACGAGCAACAAAAUUGCUGCAACUUGCAACAAAAUCUGAUUUCAACACAUGUUACGUAGAAAUGUUGACACAUGUUGCUUCGUGAUUUGUAACUUAUGUGUAAACAUUUUCAAUUAACAUGCGUAGAAAUCAGAUUUUGUUGGAAGUUGCAGCAAUUUUGUUGCUCGUAUUACUCCACCUUAACAUAAUUUUUUUCUUCUAAUUCUAGCACUGAUAUUGGCGUAUUUUUUUGUGGUCCAUCUGGGUUGUCCCACACCUUACGAAACAUGAGCAAUAAGUACAGCAAUACAAAGGAAGGAAUACGCUUUUAUUACAACAAGGAAAACUUUUAGCUCAAGGAUUACAACACUAUGACGAAAUUGCUUUGAAAUGUGAAUAUAAUUAUCAAGUGAUGCUUUUCUUGUAGAUUUGUAGUGAUGAACUAGUUAGGAGACUAAAAUAGUAUUUUUAACAAUAUUUUGGAUAAUUGUAAUUUGAUGUAAUUAUUUUUUAAUAACGACCCAGAUUUUGUAAAGAAUGUAUAUAAUAAUAAUC